UGUUUCUCUGGGGCCCCGCCCCUGAGGGGGGCGCGGACCACGCGGCCGGAGGGCCCGCCUCCCACCCCCUCCCCUCCCGGCUCGCCCGCCUCUUUGUAUCCAACAUCCGGGUUUCCCCGCUGGCUCGGCUCCGCGGCCGCGGCUCAGGAGCCAUUUUGGACUCAGUUCAGCUCCCCUCCCCCCACCCCUCCCCCCGUUCAUGGCCCCUCCGGACUCGGCCCCUGCGCCCCGGGCCCGGGCCCAGCCCCGCCGCGCUAUGCCUGAGUCGGGCGCGCCCCGGCCUGCGCCCCGCCGCCGCCCCCCGGCCCCCGCGUCGCCCCGGAGCCCGGGCCGAAGCCUGCGUCGUCCGCAGUGGCCCUGAGCCCGGCCCCGCCGUCCGGCCCUUGGAGCCUGCACGCUGCCCCGGGACGAAGGCUCGGGAAGCGCGCGGGGAACAAGACCGAAGGAAGGAGCGGGAAGAAGAGCGCAGCCGCCGCCGGGCCCUGCGCGCCCCGGGAGCGCCGCGCGGCCCUGCCCGCGGGCUCCGGGUGUCCGCGGGGCGGCGCCGCGGAACAUGACGGCGCCCUGGGCGGCCCUCGCCCUCCUCUGGGGAUCGCUGUGCGCCGGUUCCGGUCGCGGGGAGGCCGAGACGCGGGAGUGCAUCUACUACAACGCCAACUGGGAGCUAGAGCGCACCAACCAGAGCGGCCUGGAGCGCUGCGAGGGCGAGCAGGACAAGCGGCUGCACUGCUACGCCUCCUGGCGCAACAGCUCAGGCACCAUCGAGCUCGUCAAGAAGGGCUGCUGGCUGGACGAUUUCAACUGCUACGACAGGCAGGAGUGCGUGGCCACCGAGGAGAACCCCCAGGUGUACUUCUGCUGCUGCGAAGGCAACUUCUGCAACGAGCGCUUCACCCACCUGCCCGAGGCGGGCGGCCCGGAAGUCACGUACGAGCCACCCCCGACAGCCCCUACCCUGCUCACUGUGCUGGCCUACUCGCUGCUGCCCAUCGGGGGCCUCUCCCUCAUUGUCCUGCUGGCCUUCUGGAUGUACCGGCAUCGCAAGCCCCCCUAUGGCCACGUGGACAUCCAUGAGGAUCCUGGACCUCCACCCCCAUCCCCUCUGGUGGGCCUGAAGCCACUGCAGCUGCUGGAGAUCAAGGCUCGGGGGCGCUUUGGCUGUGUUUGGAAGGCACAGCUCAUGAAUGACUUCGUGGCUGUCAAGAUCUUCCCACUCCAGGACAAGCAGUCAUGGCAGAGUGAACGGGAGAUCUUCAGCACACCUGGCAUGAAGCAUGAGAAUCUGCUGCAGUUCAUUGCCGCCGAGAAGCGAGGCUCAAACCUGGAGGUGGAGCUGUGGCUCAUCACGGCCUUCCAUGACAAGGGCUCCCUCACGGAUUACCUCAAGGGGAACAUCAUCACAUGGAACGAACUGUGUCACGUGGCAGAGACAAUGUCAAGAGGCCUCUCAUACCUACACGAGGAUGUGCCCUGGUGCCGUGGCGAGGGCCACAAACCGUCUAUUGCCCACAGGGACUUUAAGAGCAAGAAUGUAUUGCUGAAGAGUGACCUCACGGCCGUGCUGGCUGACUUUGGCCUGGCUGUUCGGUUUGAGCCAGGGAAACCUCCGGGGGACACUCAUGGGCAGGUGGGCACACGGCGGUACAUGGCCCCUGAGGUGCUCGAGGGAGCCAUCAACUUCCAGAGAGACGCCUUUUUGCGCAUCGACAUGUAUGCCAUGGGCCUGGUGCUGUGGGAGCUCGUGUCCCGCUGCAAAGCUGCCGAUGGACCUGUGGACGAGUACAUGCUGCCUUUUGAGGAAGAGAUUGGCCAGCACCCGUCACUGGAGGAGCUGCAGGAGGUGGUCGUGCACAAGAAGAUGCGGCCUGCCAUCAAGGAUCACUGGCUGAAACACCCGGGCCUGGCCCAGCUCUGCGUGACCAUCGAGGAGUGCUGGGACCACGACGCAGAAGCUCGUCUGUCCGCGGGCUGUGUGGAGGAGCGGGUGUCCCUGAUCCGGAGGUCUGUCAAUGGCACUACCUCGGACUGUCUUGUCUCCCUGGUGACCUCCGUCACCAAUGUGGACCUGCCCCCGAAGGAGUCGAGCAUCUAAGCCCAGGACAUGAGUGGAUCUCCAGACUCAGUGGAUCUGAAGAGGAAAGGAAGAAAACAAAGUAGUGUUUUGUUUUGGAAAUCCCGUAACACCAACAAACACGCAAAAUGCAGCUGCUACUUUACCUUGACUUCUUAUUAUUAUUAUAAUUAUUAUUAUUAUUAUUAUUAAUAUUAUUUUUUGGAUUGGAUCAGUUUUUACCAGCACAUUGCUCUACUGUAUCGCAAACAGCGGACACGUCAGCAGGCGUUGAGGUGCUGAGCUGUGAAUGCAGAACCAGCGCCGUGCUGAAGAGCCUCGGCCACCUCCCGCCCUUCGGGGUUCAUUUUUCCCUCUUUCUCUUUGUUUGUUGUCUCAGAAUCUGUGACACAAAGAAACACAUCUCCUGUCUUAGGAAACUUAAUGCUGCAAACUCUACCUAGAGGAACCUUUGAAGACUGUUACAUAAGAACACAUCUUCCUCAAAAGAGGAGUUUCCCUCUGCCCUCGUCCUCCACCCCCCCCACCCCACCCCCCCGCCUUUUACUGUGUUUUUCUCCCUUUUUAGACAGUGAGUUUAAGAAACAGCAGAUGUGUCUUUCACGGAUUAACGGGUGUUGUCCUGACCGAGGAAAAACUGGGCUGAGGAUGAGGAUGGUUUGGACCGGAGUUGGAGGGGAGGACAGAGCUGGGGGUGGGGUUUGGUGCAGAGCUACACUGGACCCGGGCACAUUCGGAGCAACAUCCUUUGCUAUGAGACUACUUCUCAGGUAACCAGGAAUCGAGGGGAAGGAGUGUGUGGAGGCCAAGCGUUAACGGCAAGAGCAGGGUUUGGAGAAAGUCUGAAAUCAGGUGUGGCUCUGACCCAUCUGUUGGCCCUGACCAGUUUUUUCCACUCACUUGGGCUUGGGCAUGGACAGAACAUUUUUUCUGCCCUGAUUUUAAGGUUAGGUAAGGGUAUAAAUCAUCACGGUUUAGUGAGUACAUUCUUCAUAAGACAUGAUACUGUAAAUAUCUUUAAUGAGGAAAAGUUGAAAUAUGUACAUUGCUUCCUCCUGGAGCAGUUCAGGGAAAUGGCCACAGGGGGCGCUCUGCACAGCCAGGGCGGGAGAGUUUCCUGGGUUGGGCCUGCCGAGAAGGCCUGCCCCUCUGGAGACCCCCGGAGUCCUGCAAUGCUGGCUCUGCCCUGUGUGGUGACGUUAUUGUCCCUUUCUGUGGCUCGUGAACACAGCUUUCUCCAGACCCUUUAAAGAGGUGCAUAUUCGAAAAACAGUUUCUCUGUUUUGCCAUAACCUUGCUCUCGUCAGUGAAUGUUCCUAAUGCUGCUGUUUCAACAUUUGAAUUUUUUUUAAUUUAUGAAACAUGCAAAUUUUUUAAAAAAACAAAACACACACAUCCACACAUACACGCUUUGCUAUGUGGCUUCCGAGGUUUAAAUUUUGAAGAGUAAGAGAAUUAAAACUUCACGACCACAGACCACCUCAAACCAGAAAUACCUCAGAAUUUUCUACUUGUGUAAGUUUUAUUAUAUAUUUUAUUAGUUGUGUUGUCUUGUAGUAAGUAUAUUUUAAUGUAAGUUGGCUUUUAUGACAAGAAAGCUUAAAAGAAAUAGAGAAAAAGAGGAAAAGUUGUGAGUCUUCUAGGGAGUGCUACCAUUUUUCUUUGAUAACGCCCCCUUGUAAAUAAUUGUCAUCAACUGUAGGUUGGCUGUCUGGGCCGAGUCUGGGCAUUCAUCACUCUUAUUUGUGAAGACUUUUCCUUCCCGUUUCUUUAGACCAUUUUAUUUAAAAACUGGAUCUCUUCACCUUGCGGGUAGGCGAGUUGGUGGACGAUGGGGAGAGGUUGACUGGCGUGAGAAGGGGAGGGGGAGCCUCCUCCUGAGUUAUUUGGAAGUUCAAGUGUUUCCCUCGACUUGAUUGGUCAUUGUUCAGGAUGACAGGUGACCCCACUUUAACUUGGCAAAACUGUAGCCUUUAGACCCACGUGAGGUAAUUGUACUCGAGACUUAAUUUCUUAAGCACAUUGGCAGCAGUGAUAGCGGAGUUGAGCUGUAGGCCUCUGGGUCCACACUGCUCGGGGCUGGUCUGUGACGGCACGGCUUGGUGGUGAGGGCUCAGUGCACCGCCACGCGGGGGUUCUGGGCCCCUGGCCCGUGUCCUCCUCUGCGUGUUUGGGCACGGGGUGUGGUAGGAGACGAGUUUGCUUCCCUCUCAGAGCUCAGUUUUUGCUUCAUGGGUCAAAAUGUGGGCUGGCCAAGGUGGCCACAGGGACAGGUUUUUGUUUUUGUUUUUUGGUAAGUUAUUUGUCUUCUGACUUUUCCUUUUUAAGCUAUUUUUUGCUGUGGUAUUUUUCUUCCCUCGGAAUAAUUUUUAACAGAAAAACAGGCCUUACAGCAGUUGCUUUUCUUUUCCACUUAUGUCUUUCAGAAGCUUUAAAAUAUUUAUUGGAAAGUGCCAUAUCUGAUUUCUCCAGCUUUCUCCUCAGGCAGGGCUGGGAGUCUCUAGUUUUCAACCCUCAGAAGAAACGAAUAGAAUAAACCAGUAACAAAUGUAGCUCAUUUACCAUAGGCAUGAUUAGGUCCCUGAUCCCAGCCCGUGUGGAACACUAAACCCCAGCCUCUGUUUGGUUUUAGAUUUCCUCUGGGCAGUUUGUCUUUUGUGUGCUGGCUUGAUUCUUCUGGGAGCACGUUUCGGCCCUGCUGUGGGACCUGCGGGGCAGGAUGCAGGACGGACAGGGCAGGCCUGUUGUCUGGGGACGCUCCCUCUUUGCUGACCCAGUGCUCAGCCACUGUCACUCCCUUUGGGGCCUUGGCACCAGAAUGAAGUGUCCAGAGAUGGCCCCAUGGGGUGUGGCCGGGCAGAAGGCUUCCGGCGGCCCUUUCCCCGCGUGCUAGGCUGAGUGUCCCUGACUGCUCGUGGCCAGGAGGUGGGCAUCUCUCUCCCGGGCAUGCUGCUGGGGCCUGGGUGGGUCUUCCGCCUCUGAUAAAGUUAGGUUUACUGUCAUGGCUUCUUCUCCGGGGAGUCAGCCAUCCAGAGCUCUGAUUUGUGUCGAUGGGGUUGGGGGCCUCUGCCUGUGCUCUUCUUCACAAAGAUUUGCAGCCUCCACUUCCGGAGAUCUCAGAUCACUGCUACAUUCCCCCCCCCCCCCCCCGCCCCGCAAAGCUCUGUGGAAGACGCGGCGGGUGGGCAGGGAGGGAGUCUGACAUUGCUUUCCCUGCCUCAUCCAGGGUGAGAGGGUGGCCAAGUCAGGGGACGAAGUGGCCCAGGAUCCCUGCCCCUUUCUUCCUAGUGUACUGUCGUCCGGGCAGGCUUCUGGCUGUGGGGUGGACUUGGGGGAGAGCGUGUUCUUUUUGAUCACUUUGGGGAGAUCUCCUGAGCCAGAGAGAUCCAUGGGAGGGAGCAGACACGUGGGGACAGAGGCCACCAUGCCACAGUGUCCUGCAGAGGACUCUUCAUGACGGGCAGCCAGAGAAGGCCAUGGAUGUAGUUGUUAGCUCAUGCUGGGGCUGGCAUAAGCUGGGCUUUUGCCUGGGGCCGUUGGUCCCUAUCAGGAGUCCUUCUUUGGUUGAUUACUUGGGGUGUGAGGGCUGAGAAUGGACCCUUCUUAGGAGGAAGCGAGACCCAGCUGUGCAUAAAUGUGGUGAGCGCCAUCAGCCUGGUGUUCAGAUGGCCUUCCUGUCCUGCUGGCUUUCAGUAGGUGCCCGGAGGGGUCAGUCCUGCUGGGGAGGCUUCCCCAUGUGUGCCAGCUGCUUCUGACUCAGGAUUCACUCUGUCUGGAUGUGGUGGCACGUGUCCAGAACACGAAGGACCUUGUCCAGCCUUGAACAUCCUCAGGAUUCUUGAGCCCCCAGCUCACAUGUUCUCAGCCAAGGGAAAGAUCUGCCAUCUCCAGGCCACUGAGGUGGUCCUUCCCCUGCCCCUGGGGCCAGGCUAAUCCUCCUGUCAUGCUUUAGGGAGCUGAGCAGGUGACCCUGCAGUUCUGUGUCCCCUUUCUCUCCAGUUGGCCACGUUCUUGCUGGCUGCUGCCCUGCCCUUCUGCACUGGGUGCUUGGGUUGCAUGUGUGGUGUUUCCUUGGUGGCAAGCCCAGCUGUGUACUGAGGGUCCACCGUGUGCUACGUGUGGUGCAGAAAGCCCAUCACGUGGCCCCUGUGCUUGAGCCAUGAGGGCAGGGAGGCAGCUGCUCCAUCCAGGGUGGGAGGACUAGGUGACCCUCUUGCAAAUGGAAUUCUGCCUCUUUUUAGAAUGCAACGUGAAGUUCCCCACGUCUAUUGGUAAUACAAGGAUUUGAUGUUUUUUUAGUAAUAUAGUGAGUGUAUGUAUGUAAGUUUUUACAAGUGGUACUAGAAGUUGAACAGCCUGGCAUUAUUCCGGAGAACUUGGCUCCCUAG